AAUUCACGCAGUUUCUACUACAACAGCAAACAAUUUCACAAAAAGAACAAAAAAAAGCUUUAAGAACCUAUCUAGUGUCGUUUUCAUAUCUUAAGCAAAAUGGCGUCCAACCAACAGAGCUACAGAGCUGGUGAAACCAGAGGCAAGGCCCAGGAGAAGACUGGACAAGCUAUGGGAACAAUGAGGGACAAGGCUGAGGAAGGAAGGGACAAGACUCAAGCGACUGCUCAAUCAGCGAAAGAUAAGACUUCUCAAACAGCACAAACGGCCCAACAGAAGGCUCAUGAGACAGCCCAGGCAGCAAAAGAUAAGUCAUCUCAAACUGCGCAAACUGCCCAACAGAAGGCUCAUGAGACAGCCCAGGCAGCAAAAGAUAAGUCAUCUCAAACUGCGCAAACUGCCCAACAGAAGGCCCAUGACACGGCUCAGGCAGCAAAAGAUAAGUCAUCUCAAACUGCGCAAACUGCCCAACAGAAGGCCCAUGACACGGCUCAAGCAGCAAAAGAAAAGACUUCUCAAGCCGGCGACAAAGCUCGCGAGGCGAAAGACAAGACCGGGAGCUACAUGUCGGAGACAGGCGAAGCCAUAAAGAACAAGGCUCAAGACGCUGCUCAGUACACAAAGGAGACCGCUCAAGGUGCGGCUCAGUACACAAAAGAGACGGCUGAAGCUGGUAGAGACAAGACCGGUGGGUUCUUGAGCCAGACCGGUGAGCAAGUGAAGCAAAUGGCUAUGGGUGCAGCUGAUGCGGUGAAGCACACCUUUGGGAUGGCUACAGAGGAAGAGCAUUUCCCAGGAAGUACUACGACUACUACUGCAACUACUAGGACCACUGAUCCGACUCAUCAGACUUACCAGAGGAAGUGAGCUAGAGAGAACAAUUUGAUAAGUGUCUUUUAAAAGUUUGUUGGUCUUUUGAAUUCUGUGUUGUGUUGUUUUGUAAUUUCCGUUUCGUCUUUGUGUUUUGUGAUUCCGUUGUGCUUCUUGUUGUGACGGUGAUCCUGGAGACUACUAAUUUCCAGCCAAUAAUAAGUUUAGAUUUGAUCCCGUCUUCUACAACUUCUUGUGUCCUGUAUUUUUGUUGAAGUAAUAAAAAACAGCUAUUAAUAUACA